AUGUCUAAGACAAGGGAUUCCCUUCUUUUGCUUUUUUUUUAUUUCAGUUGUGCCUCUGGUGGACAGCUGCUGGUUUGGCCCAUGGAAUACAGCCACUGGAUCAAUUUAAAGACAAUAUUGAAUGAACUUGCUCAGAGGGGCCAUGAAGUAACCGUGCUAGCAUCUUCAGCUUCCAUCCUUGUAGAUCCCAAUGAACCAUCUGCCUUCAAAUUUGAGGUUUAUCCUACAUCAUUUACUAAGAAGGAGCUUGAUAUGCACUUUAUGAAAUGGGUCAAGACAUGGACAUAUGAUUUACCAAAGAGUACAUUAUGGGCAUAUGAUUCAAAGAUGCAAAAAAUAUACCACGAAUAUUCUGAUACUGUUCAAAAGCUUUGUGAGGAUGUAGUUUUGAACCAGAAACUUAUGAAGAAACUGCAAAGAUCAAGAUAUGACGUUGUUCUUGGAGAUGCCAUUUCUCCCUGUGCUGAGUUGCUGUCUGAACUACUUAACUUACCUUUGGUCUACAGUCUUCGAUUUACCACUGGCAAAACAUAUGAAAAACUCUGUGGAGGGCUUAUAUUACCUCCUUCCUAUGUACCUGUUAUCAUAUCAGAACUUAGUGACAAAAUGACAUUUAUGGAGAGGGUGACAAACAUGUUGUAUUACCUAUAUUUUGACUAUGCAUUUGAGACUUUCAACAAGAAAAAGUGGGAUAAAUUUUACAGUGAAGUAUUAGGAAGACCCACUACAUUGUGUGAAUUGAUGGGGAAAGCAGAUAUUUGGCUGAUAAGAAACUACUGGGAUUUUGAAUUUCCUCACCCAUUCUUACCAAAUUUUGAAUUUGUUGGAGGCCUCCACUGCAAACCUGCCAAACCCCUGCCUAAGGAUAUUGAAGAAUUUGUCCAGAGCUCUGGAGAAGAUGGCAUCGUAGUAUUUAGUUUGGGGUCAAUGGUUCAAAACCUUACAGAAGAAAGGUCUAACACAAUUGCAUCAGCCCUUGCCCAGAUUCCACAGAAGGUUAUCUGGAGAUUCAAUGGGAAGAAACCUGAGAAGUUGGGAAGCAAUACUCAGCUCCUUAAGUGGAUCCCACAGAAUGAUCUUCUUGGUCAUCCCAAAACCAAAGCUUUUAUCACCCAUGGUGGUGGCAAUGGCAUCUAUGAAGCCAUUUACCAUGGGAUUCCCAUGGUAGGACUCCCCAUGUUUGUUGACCAACCUGAUAAUAUUGCUCACAUGAUGGCCAAGGGAGCAGCUGUUAGAUUGGACUUGAACACAUUGUCAAGUACAGAUUUGUUCAAUGCACUGAGGACUGUCAUUAAUGACCCUUCAUAUAAAGAGAAUGCUAUGAGGUUAUCAAGGAUCCACCAUGAUCAACCUGUAAAGCCCCUGGACCGCGCAGUAUUCUGGAUUGAGUUUGUCAUGCGUCACAAAGGAGCUAAGCACUUGCGGGCAGCAGCCCACGACCUCACCUGGUACCAAUACCACUCUCUGGAUGUGAUUGGGUUCCUGCUGGCCUGUGUGGCAUCAGCUAUAUAUGUCACCACAAGAUGUUGUCUGUUUUGUUGCUGGAAGUUGGCUAAAACAGGAAAGAAGGGGAAGAGGGAGUAGCUGUAUCUGAGACCUGAAGCAGUUAUGCUCCAUAGAUGGAACUCUUCAGUUUAUUCCAAAAGGAGGGAGGUGUGAUUAGGUGCCCAUCCUCUUGUGACAAAAUGACUUCUCAUAAUUUAGCAUCUCAGAUCAAAGUUUUUUUCAAGAGAUUUUCUACCUAUGAGUUAGAAAUAUGUUAGGCCAAGAGAAA